AUGAGCGCGUACACAGGGGCCGUGCUAAACUAUUUGACUAUCGGUGUGGUCCUAUUCGGUGGCCUAUUCGGUGAUAUGACACCGUCCGAGGUGACUGUGCUGAUCAGUCAGGUCAGUGUGGACUAUUCCUCUGCUUUAUCUUUGUUCUAUUUUGUCCAUCGAUUCGCACGGAUUGGAUCUGACGGCCAGUUUCCUGGGCGUCGAGUGUCUGAACACCUACCUCAAAUUGAUAGCGUUGGAAGGUAA